AAAUCCUUUCACGGCCAUUAAACUACGCAAAUCUCUUGAAUGGGAUUCUUUUGUAUAAAGCUAAGCCGCAGGCUGAUGAGUUGGCUAAUGUAACUGUCAGUCGGAAGAAACAAUGAGAACACUUAUACAUUUAUUCUGAUACAUGAAUCAAAAGAUACUUAUCAGCUGAAAGAGUCACAUCAGGGUCGCACUCAGAGUCACGUCCAAUAUCUUGUUAGUGUUAUGAAAAAAUAACUCUUCGCCGACGGCGAAGAUUCGGGGCCGCAGUUACGAAGAUAAGCAAGACUGGUAAACUAUUCCACAAGGCAACCAGAGAGUGAGAAUCAAGGAUCAAUAAUAUUUGGGUUGCUCCAAAGCUUACCAUCCUCACAAGGUACACAGGGCGGCGUCUUGACCAAAGUUACGGUGUUUUUGGGAGUCUAAUAACCGUGAAUCAAUCAGUCAUUUGACAAGAAAACUCAACAAGACAAAGAAAAAGCAAACUGAACUUGGGCAUUAGUUGAUUACACAAACAGCAACAGCACGCUGACUUCCGAGAAAAAUCCCUUAGCAAGGAAAGUGUCAGGCCAUUAAUAACAGCCAAGCAACCUCCUCUUCCUUUCGUAAAAAUUGGGCCGGUGAAAUAUGAAUAACACAACUGAGCACAAUUUUACCAUAGACUUGGAGAAACAACUUUUUCUGGCCUAUUACGUCAUUUUGAUCGUUUUUACAGUAGCGGGAAACACACUGGUUUGUGUAGCCAUCUAUGUCGACGUGCGCCUGCGCAGUCCCACCAACUGGUUCAUUGCGUCACUGGCGGUCAGCGACUUGUUUUACGGGCUCGCUGGCCUACCAUUCCGAAUUGCGUCGAAUGUGACGCCGAUGACGAGCGUUGCGGUGUGUUCAGCCUGGAUCUGGAUGGACAUGGUGUGCGCUGCCGCCUCUAUGGCAAAUCUAGCGGUGAUAUCCGUGGACAGAUACAUGAAAAUAACCAAGCCGUUCUGUUACCAUAGAAACAUGACCAAGAAACGUUCUCUGCUGGCUAUAUGUGGAGUGUGGGUGUACGCAGUCACUUUGGCUACAUUCGCGAUCAUUAAGUGGCCCGGGGCAAAAGGAGUGGUCAUCGACCAUGACCACGGCCUUUGCCGCAACGACAACAAAGUGUUCUACACGGUAGCUAACAUAGUGGCUUUCCUGUCGCCGCUUGUUGUGGUCAUCGCUAGUUACUCCCUGAUCUUCCGCACCGCAUUAAUACAGUUCAACAAAAUGAAACACUUGAUUGUCAGCACUAGCACUAAAGAAGACAGGCGGAAGCAGAAGAGCGUAGUACGGGACUUCAAAGCCACCAAGACGUUAGCUGUGGUGCUCGGUACGUUCACCGUCUGCUGGGCGCCGUUUUUCAUUAUGUUCACAAUUUCUCAAUACGAUCCGUCUUACCUGAUGCACCUUCCGAAAGACGUUGCCAUGGCGUUCAUUUACCUGUUUUUCUUGAUUUUACCAAACCUUAACAGUGCUUGCAAUCCCGUGAUUUACGCGUACUUUAACGCCGAAUUUCGGCGCUCGUUUAGAAAGAUCAUGUGGUCUUCUUGUGAUGGACAAAACCAGGACAGCCUUAAAAAAAGAAGACGAAGUUCAGUAACGAGCUUUUUUCAAAUGACUUUCGCUCGACGCAACAGCCCUCAAGCGGUCGGAAACGACGACAAGAAUCACAACUCUCCCGACGAUGAGAAGGCUUUCCUCAAUGGGGACACCACAAUUACGCAAGUGUGAAGUGGCACCACGGACGGUCACGCAGUAAUUGCUUGAAGUGUAACGCACCAACGCGAACGGUCACGCAUGUACCAACAAUUUUUCAGUCAAGGGUAACGCAAUACAAGGAACAGUUAUACAGGAAUUACUAGACGUGUAACGCAACACCUCAAACGGUUACACAAUCAGCAUUUUCCAUUCGACAAAAAAUUCUGGUUUGACUUAACGGAAAUUUCCAGUGACAAAUGACACAAGAUUUUCCAGAAUUUCCGGAAAAGAGGACAACCUCGCGAGGUAUACCAAAAUUUUUGGUAAUUUCUUACCGGGAAUUUCUGUUCCUAGAAACUUAACCAGAAAAUUUCCGUACAAUUUCCCCCCAUUUCAAAAUUUUCGGAAUUUUUGGUUGAAUGGAGAGUGUGCAGAGAUUACUUUAACAUGGGAUUACCCAUAAUACUUACAUUGCAACGGGUAUGCGUUAUUGAUUGACUACGAAAAAAUGGUGAUUGCGUUACAAUGCCUUUGUAACACAAUAACACAAAAUUUAUUAACGUAAUAAAUUGAUUUAGCACACGGGGUGGUAAUUUACUUUAGGUAGCCCAAGGGUGGGUGCUUAUUGAAGAGGAGUAGCUCAUUAAGGACAGAGACUUAUUUCUUCCUCAACAUUCAGUACUUAACUCAAGAACUGUAACAAUGGACGCCCUGAUAGACAAUUAUGUUCAUUAUUAUAUAGCUAGCUCUGUGGGUGGGCAAGAUGAAUCAAAUCCUGCACUGUGAUUGGCUGCCCGGGCAGGCAAGAUGGAACUAUCUUGCCCGCUCAGGACUACCCGGCGUGUUUCACAAGAAAAAUUUCCUCGAAAGCCAUAUAAUAAUCCUUUAUUGACUGAGCUUGUCUAGUCAAGAUGGCUGGAUAUUGGCCUCGUUCUUUUUUGCGUGUUUAUGGACCUUGACUCCGUCUCAGUCCAUAAACACACAAAAAAAGAACUUGGCCAAUAUCCAGCCAUCUUGACCUCACACUUGGUCAAUAACCCUGAUAUAUUACAUUCACAUGAAAAAGCAAACCUCAUAAGGGAUGGACAAUUAUUAUUUUUUGUUUUUUGAGGGGGGAAGGGUUGGGGAGGUUGGGCAAUUUUCUGGCCAUGAAUGUUUUU